GGCAGGAAGGAGAUACAGACACCGGAAGUAGGACGUUUCGUCACUGUAGUGGGGAAUUCAAACUUCGACAACAGGACGUAUAUUACUAAUACAAAGUAUAUAUUUACCCACAUUCGUGAUAACGUUUGCUUUCUUCACUAUAUCCAAGUUUUUUAAAAGUUUUUUUUAUUUAAGCUGGAAGGUUGUGUUUUCGGCGAGAUGCCCAUGGACAGCGCGGCGGAACUCCUCACGUACUAUGAAGUCUACGAGACCAUCGGCUCCGGAGGCUUUGCUAAGGUCAAGCUGGGUCGCCACAUCCUGACUGGAGAGAAUGUGGCCAUUAAAAUCAUGGAGAAGAAGGAACUGGGGGAGGACCUUCCUCGUGUGAAGGUGGAGAUAGAGGCCAUGAAGAGUCUGAGCCAUCAGCAUGUCUGUAGACUGUACCACGUUAUAGAGACUAACACCAAGAUAUACAUGAUCCUGGAGUAUUGUCCAGGAGGAGAGCUGUUUGACUACAUCAUCGCUAAGGACCGUCUGUCUGAAGAGGAGACAAGAGUGUUCUUCAGACAGAUCGUUUCGGCGCUGGCCUACGUCCACAGCCAGGGGUACGCCCACAGAGACCUGAAACCGGAGAACUUGUUGCUAGAUGAAGACCACAACCUGAAACUGAUAGACUUUGGUCUCUGUGCCAAACCCAAGGGGGGUCUGGGAUAUGAGCUGAUGACCUGUUGUGGUAGUCCAGCCUAUGCCGCUCCAGAACUCAUCCAGGGGAAAUCCUACAUCGGCUCUGAGGCUGAUGUGUGGAGUAUGGGGGUACUGCUGUUUGCUCUGCUGUGUGGAUAUCUGCCCUUUGACGACGACAACUGUAUGGUUCUCUACAGGAAAAUCACUAGAGGUACAUACAACAACCCUCACUGGCUGUCUCCUGGGAGCAUCCUGCUGCUCAACCAGAUGAUGCAGGUGGAUCCUAAGCAUCGUGUGACCAUCAAACAACUCCUAGACCACCCCUGGAUGACGUCUGGCUAUGACAGCCCUGUGGAGUGGCACAGCAAGCAACCUUUGGGUUAUAUAGAUGAGGACUGCAUCACUGAGAUGUCCGUCAACCUGAAGAACUCCAGGCAGAGCAGCCUACAGCUGGUCAAUGAGUGGAAGUACGACCAGACCACUGCCACCUACCUGUUGCUACUCUCUAAGAAACAGAGAGGGAAACCUGUCCGGAUCAGGCCUCAACUUCCUGUCUGUGAUGUCAUAUCCUGUUCACCUCAACACCUGGGAGUACAGAAGACUCUACUCUUCGGUGAUGAUGAUGCUGAGGACUGUUGCUAUGAUAACGACCUGCCCUGGGUUCCGCUCACACCCCAACAAGAGAGAGCGACCUGUCCGUCAGCUGAAAAGAGGCGGGAUCAAACUAACCACGCCCCCACUCCGAAGAAGGAGCCAAUCACACACCACCACCGUCGCCAGGAGAGGCGGGACCUAGGCCUGGAACGGACCAAUGAAAACAAAGAGAACGUUGCCGUGGCCAAUAAGGAUGCUGAUAUAUUUGCUUUGCCCGCCCCCCGAACCCCAGUAGCCAAUAGGAAGGCGAAUCGGCCCAAUAAGAGGGUCUUGACUACACCAACCCAUAAUAACACCAACAAGGUUGGCAACAGGGUAGACACACCCCAAGGAGGAGGCGGCAGUACUUGCAAGGACCCGUCGAGGAAGAGACAGAGGGAGAGAGUGGAAAGAAAGGAGGAAGAAGAGAUGGAGAUGCUGACCUUCAGCCCAGAGAGAAGGUCCCGGUCCUUAGACCUGGCGGGGGCGUCUCGGGGGGACAGCGGCCAGAAGAGGAAGGGCGGUAAGGUAUUCGGCAGUCUGGAGAGAGGGCUGGAUAAAGUCAUCACCAUGCUCACACCCAGCAAGAGACGAGGGCUACGGGACGGACCACGCAGGAUCAAGGCCCAGUAUAAUGUAACAUUGACCAGUCAGACCAACCCGGACCAGGUGUUGAACCAGAUCCUCGCCAUUCUACCGGAGAAACACGUCGACUUCGCACAGAAAGGGUGAGCGCCCGCACACAGUGCCAGCC